UACAACCAGUACACGUACUCGGAGCACAGCAACCUGGAGAUCGUCGACAAACCCACCAUCGUGCCCCCGGCUGCAGUGGUGGUGGGGACGGAGGCGGAGCUGCGGUGUGUGGUGCCGGAUAACUGCCCCACCAUGAAGCCGGUGGUGAGCUGGUUGAACCACGAGGCGCUGGAGGGACACGCUGUCUUCGGCCAGCUGGAGGAGGAGAGCGGCACCUGGAGCCAGGUGUCCCUGCUCAAGUUCCAGCCCUCGCGGGAGAACGACGGGCACGAACUGGGCUGCCAGGUCACCUACACCAACACCACCUUCCUUUUCGAGGCCUUCGCCACCCUGGACGUCAAGUACGUGCCCCAGAUCCUGCAGGUGAACUCGUCCCUGGAGAUCACGGAGGGCUCGCACGUGGUGCUGCUGUGCGUGGCGGACAGCAACCCCAUGGCCUUGCUGGCGUGGUUCAAGGAGGAGGCCGUGCUGCGGGAGGAGCCGUCCACCAACCUGACGCUGGAGCUGGACAACGUCACCCACGCGCACGAUGGGAUCUACGUCUGUGUGGCCGAGAACGUGUACGGGCGGGUGAACCGCUCCCUGGCCCUCACCGUCAUGUACGCCCCGCGGAAGCCGUCGGUGAACUCCUCGGUGGUGGCAGUGGAGGGGGAGCCGGUGACUAUCCUGUGCACCACCGAGAGCAACCCCGAGCCCAUCAUCACCAUCUUCAAGGAGAAGCAGAUCGUGGCCACGGUGGUCUACGAGAGCGAGCUGCUGCUGGAGAUCCCCGCCGUGACCCACGAGGAUGACGGGGAGUACUGGUGUGUGGCGGAGAACCAGUAUGGCCAGCGCGGCUCCGCCUUCAACCUCACCGUGGAGUUUGCUCCCAUAAUCCUCAUGGAGUCGAAGUGCACGGCGGCUCGGGACACGGUGCAGUGUGUUUGCGCCGUGCUGGCCAAUCCGGAGCCCGUGAUCUCCUUCGAACUGCCCACCCGGAACGUGACGGUCAACGAGACUGACCAGGAGUUCGUCUAUUCCCAGAAGACGGGCUACACGGUCACCAGCAUCCUGACGCUGCGCGGGGAGCCGGACUCGCAGCUCUUCAUUGUCUGCUCCGCCCGCAACCUGUAUGGCACCAAGAACCAGCAGCUCCAGUUCCACCACUCCAACAAUCUGAUGUGGGCGAAGGUGGGGCCGGUGGGCGCCGUGGUGGCCUUUGCGAUUCUCAUCGCCGCCGUGUGUUACGUGAGUCAGACGCGGAAAAAGAAAAACGUGAAUGAAAACUCCAGUUUUGUGCAGCUGGAGCACCCGCCCGUGGCGUACAGCGGCGAGUACCGGCCCCCGGGGGCCCUGGACAAAUCGCAGUACGAGCGGCGCCUGGCCUCCGACAAACGCCUCCUGAACAAGCCCGAGGGCUCCCUGGACCUGAACGUGGACUACGCCAACAUCGACUUCACCAAACUGCCCACCAAGGACAGCUACACCCUGACGGAGGAGCUGGCGGAGUACGCAGAGAUCCGCGUCAAGUGA